GUUUUGAGCUUUGAGAUAUGGUAUUUCCUCAAAGCUUGCAGCUACAGGACAGUAUGUUCAUUCUGUAUUUGUAUUCUUUGUUGUUGUUUCUGUUUACAGUUUGAAGGUAACUUUACUCACCUACUUUUGUAUUGGGACAGCAAGCAUUAACAAUUUGCAGGAAGAGCUUAUGCUAUUUAUGUUUUUUGAGGAAUCAAAUCAGUGGUGAUCAAAUUGAGGUGACAUUUUCUGACCAAUGGGACACAUCCACACACACAGAAUACCUGUCCAACCACUUUUCAUUUCCUUGAAACACUCCCACACAUACUUUUUGGAGACAAGUUCAGUACACAAUUUAUUCUUCGGGUGAUCAUCAACUGUAUUUGACUUUCUUCUUCACACUGGAAACCAAACAAAGAAAACAUGGUCAACAUUAAUUUUCCAAAACCAUUGUGUUGAACUGAUACGCAAGAAAGGAGGGAAAACGGAUCAAAAUGGCUUCCAGAUCAUAUCUUCCCAAGGAGGAUCUCAUCUGUCCUGUGUGCUUUGAGAUUUAUAAAGAUCCUGUCGUCCUAACAUGCAGCCACAGCUUCUGUAAAACUUGUCUACAAGACUGCUGGAGUGACAAGUUCAAGGAGUGUCGAAAUUGUCCUGUAUGCAGGAAGAGGUUUACCCUGGCUGAACCUCCCUGUAACCUGGCACUAAAAAACGUGUGUGAGACAGUGGAGGAGAAAGGCUCAAUAGUUUUAACAGAAUCUGAAGUGUUCUGCAGUCUUCACAAUGAGAAACUCAAGCUCUUCUGUCUGAAGGAUAAAGAACCCAUCUGCUUGGUCUGUCAGACCUCCAGAAAGCACAGAUCUCACACAUGUGUUCCAGUAGAUGAGGCUGCCCAGGAUCACAGGGAGGAGAUUCAGACUGCUCUGAAACCAAUGGAGAAGAAGUUAGAGUACUUAAAGAAAAUCAAACUAACCUGUGAUAAAACUGCAGGACACAUUAAGACGCAGGCGAAUUGCACAGAGUGCCGGAUCAAGAUGGAGUUCAAGAAGCUUCACCAGUUUUUACAACAGGAAGAAGACGACAGGAUUUCAGCGCUAAAGACGGAGGAGAAGCAGAAAAGUGAGAAAAUAAACGAGAAGAUUAGAGGAAUAAAUAAAGAGAUAGUAUUACUUUCAGACACAAUCAAAGCCAUAAAGGAGGAGCUGAGAGCAAAGGAUGUCUUAUUUCUGCAGAAGUUCGAAGUCACAGAGAAAAAAACCCAGGUCAUACUGCCAGAUGCUCCAUACCUAGUCUCAGGAACACUUUUAGAUGUGGCCAAGCACCUGGGCAACUUGGCCUUCAGAGUCUGGGAGAAGAUGCAGAUGAUGGUUAAACACACUCCUGUGAUUCUGGACCCCAACACUGCAGCUUUCUCUCUCUCUCUGUCUGACGAUCUGACCAGUGUGAGACAACUGGACUCAAAGCAGCAGGUCCCUGACAACCCAGAGAGGUUCACAGAGUAUGCUACUGUCCUGGGCUCUGAGGGGUUCAGCUCAGGGAAGCACAGCUGGGAGGUGGAGGUGGGGAACAACCCAAUAUGGACUUUAGGAGUGAGCGAAGAGUCUGUGAACAGGAUAGGGGAGUUAAAAGCGGGAACCGAUUAUGGACUUUUUGCUCUGACACAAGAUAACGGCACAUUUACGGGAGAAGGUAAGACCCUCGCUCUGCAGAAGACACCCCAGAGAAUCAGAGUGCAGCUGGACUUUGACAAAGGGGAGCUGUCCUUCCAAGACUCAAAGGACAUGACUCACAUCUACACCUUUACAUGUAGGUUCACUGAGAGAAUGUUUCCAUUUGUCUGCAUUGGAAAAGCUUGUGAUUCUAACAUCCCCGACAUACAUAUCUGCCAGUCCGAGGUGUCUCUGAAGGAGGGCUCUAGAGAACAGGGAAUGAUGCCAUGAUGAGUACAAUCCACCAGAACUCAUUCCUUAUAACUGGGGACAUCUGAGGACUGAAACUGCAACUGCCAUUGGAACUGUUUAUACGGAAUGAGUGCUUCCAUUUGAGGACAGGAGUAAAGCAGAGUGGUUCACAGACAUGAACAUGAUGAUGGUUUAAAACCAUCUGCUUCAGGGAUUUCAUCUCAUUACACUCUUCACACUGCCGGAACUUUCUCUCUGUCAUCAAACGUUUCAGACAGUUAACGACCAGAUCUCUGCCUGCACCUGGGACCAGCUGAACAGCUCUGUCUACUUUCCCCCAGUUGUUCAUUCUGUCUUCAAAUGUCAUCGGUUCUACAACAUCCUCAAGGGGUUCCUCUCAUCUUUGCUGGGCUGACAACACUGAAUACAAACACCUGGGCAACUCCUCGACACUGUAACAUUCAACUGUGGUAUCUCACUGUUGUCCAACAGAACAGGUACACUUGAUGUGUAUGUGAGGGAACAAUAAGCCAUAAGCAUGGGCUCGUAUCCACCACCGCCAAACCUCUGACCCUCACAACAUGUACGUACUGUAUUUCUUUAUACAACCUGGCACUGGUAUUGAUGAUGCCACUUGAUGUCAUAGAGGAGUCUACAGACAUAUGACUGGGAUCUACAGUCAUUCUCUCUCUCUUCAGACAAACAUUUGUAUUCUAAGUAGCUUUGGAAGGCUUUCGAAGACACUGGUGUAUAGCAAGUGCCAUCUUGAUGAUUUUGAUGCGCUCCCAGACUAGUUGCUUCAUAUAGUCAGUGUGCUGAAACGGAGGUUUUAAUGAUAUCAGUGGAAUAGUGACAAUGAGGCAUGGAAGGUGCUACGGUGCGCAACCCCCAUGGACGUGAGCUGAAAGAGGACUCCGGUGCCUGGAGUGCAGUGGAGUGGAUGAGAGAGAGGGAGGCAGGAGGGGAGGCAGGAGGAGAGGCAGCGGAAGACAAGACACAGCAUUCAGGCCUCCACGUUGUUGAGCCAAUCUCCUGUGUAGGGAGUGUGUGGAGGGAAACUGUCAAGAGCUCAUCCCACAGGAAGUGAGGACUCUGGUUUCAGUUUAUUCCUGGGUUCUCUGUAACUUCCUGUGCAGGCUAGUGUAUCAGGAAGGGAUUAGGUCAUGUUUCACGCACACUAGAUAUGAUUUGGCAAAUUCAUGAGCUUGUGAACUAAAGGAUGCCAUUAAGGGGGAAGGUGCCUUCAAAGGAAAACACCCAGUGUUGCUAAUGUUGUCAAACCAUGAUUGAUUGGAACACCACAGGCCCCUUACCUUAUUAGACACCAUUAGAGAGGAUUGGCCACUUUUGAAGGUAUACAGUCAAGACAUUUAUUGCACAGAAUUAUGUAUAAAAAAUAAGACUCAUUGCAAAAUAGGUCACAUACAUUUAACACAAAUAAAUUACAUAAAUAAAUUACAUUAACACUUUUUGUUAAACAAAAUACUGUGUACAACAUAAAGCGAUUAACAAAAAACAAUGUGUUUUUACUACUGACAACUUCAAUACAAAAAUACUUGAUCCAUGUUUACAAAACAGCUAAAUGCAUCUUAUCAUCUAACUUGUUGGAGUACUUUCAUCAGACAUAUUAACAGUACAUACAUAAACAUAAAGCCUGUACAUAAUAUUAUAUUUCCCAUGCCUCCUGAUUUGAAUUCAACACUGCUGAAUAUCGAGUUCAUUAUUCAAGGCUCUUGUUCAAGGGCAUGUUUCUCAACAGUGGAAAACCAGAAAUUCCAUUUUGGCCUGACAUGUUUUCAAGAUUAACUUUAUCAAGAAAACUAACUGGUGGAUCUUGUUUCUUCUUGGAUAAUAGUAUGAAGAUACUCGUCCUAAUGUAGAUCUUGUUAAAUAAUGAGCGUCAGCAGACUGAUGAAGAUUG